AUGUGUCUCUCUGAGCCGGAUGGGGCAGCGGAUUUCCAACUUGUGGGCGCAUCGUGGAGCACAUAUGGUGACAUUGAUGAUGACCGUCCACUUCUGGAGCGUGUUGGCAUGAUGAUGAAUUUUGACGUGGCGUCUCUCAGAACUGCAUUUUCGUUAGGGUGUGUGGUCUAUCACGAUACCGCAGUUGCACUUGUGAUGCAGCCGCUGUUUCCGAUCAUCUUCAUAGUUGCGUGGACACUUCCAAAGGCAAUUGCGAACGGCGUCAGGUCUUUUCAGACGCAGAAGGCCCUUUCAUCUUCAUCCGCCUUCGCUAUGAACUACAUGCUGAUCGGCGCUUUCAAAGCGUGUGCCACUGCGAACGGCUGUGUAGAGACGAGCCCAGGCUCAAGUGUGCUGUCAGUUGAUACGCGGCUUCAAUGCGACAAAGGUUGGGGCCUAGUCAUGAGGCGCUACGGGUUCGUCAUGGCGGUGGUCUUGGCUACGCUUAGUGUGGCAAUGUCGCUACGCCUGAACAAACUUAUCCGAAACCAUGUUCAUAAAGCGGCGUGCUUGUAUGAAGUUGUCUUGGUCAAGCCCGACGGUGCAUCAGCAAGGGUAGAUCGUCGCAUUCGUUCUACAGCACCAGCGUUUGAGGAGGCUUCGAGAACAGCUUUGGACAGGCUGCAUGACGAUCGGCAGGUGCAUUUAGCAAUCGCCAGCGGCUCCAUGGCUUACAUUGCUUCAACCGAGAUCGAUCGAAUUGACGAGUGCGUCCGUGUGAUGGAGGUGCUGGAAGUUUGGGAGGCGGAGCAGAUACAUGGUGCGAUAAUUGGUGCGAGUAGUGUUUUCGUUUAUUUUAAUCUUGAUGCAGGUCUCUUCAGUAUUUUCAUACUGAUGUUCAAGGCAGGCUUCGUUUAUUACGCCAUCAGUCGCCCGUGGAUCUCGGCCAUGAUGGCCGUCGUUCUAGCUUUGGCAUUUCUCUUUUUAGCCCCAUACGUCGACCCGCACAAUAACGCGAUGUACGCCUGCACUAUGGGAGCUCUCGCCGCAUUUGUAUUCUCAGCUGAUGGCGGCAUUACCUUGCAGGCAGUUUUCUUUCUAAUCCCCAUUGUCUUUCUGGUUUACACAGGGACUCUCACUCGGUUCGGAGGUUCCAGGUAUAUGAACGCCAUGCGCCGUGCGGCAGACAGAGACCGAGAUGCCGACAAACAUGUAGCUUGUCCCUCGGGUUCUGGCACAGAGCUCUCAGCGUUGCAAACAUGA